UGGCUAUGAGGUAAUAAGAAGCAAUAUAACAUUAUUUAUAGCGAGCCAAAUAAGUCACUAAAAAAGUAUAGGAGAUAUGGAGUGGGAAUGGAGCUAUCUGUGUUUUUCUUCAAUCAUCUUAGUACCAGUUUUCAUCCUAUUUUUUUCUCAGAAAAAGACUACAAAAUGUUCUUACAAAUUACCUCCAGGACCACCUGGAUUACCAUUUUUUGGUAACAUGUUUGAACUAGGAACAGAGCCCUACAAAAGAAUGGCAGCUCUAAAACAGAAAUAUGGCCCUAUUUUGUGGUUAAAACUUGGCACCUCAACCAACAUUAUGGUUGUUCAAACAGCUCCGGCUGCUGCAGAAUUAUUUAAGAACCAUGAUACUUCCUUCGCGGAUCGAUUCAUACCUGAUGUAAAUAAAGCACACAAUUACCAUCAAGGGUCUCUGGCUAUAGGCCGAUAUGGCUCAUUUUGGCGCUUUCAAAGGAGAAUAUGUACUGUGGAGAUGUUUGUACACAAAAAGAUUAGUGAUACAGUGCCAGUACGGAGAAAAUGUGUGGAUAAUAUGGUAAAAUGGAUAGAGAAAGCAGCGAAUUCUGCUGAAAAAGGAAGUGGGAUUGAGGUAACACGUUUUGUGUUCCUAGCGUCGUUUAAUAUGCUGGGGAAUUUGAUUCUAUCAAAAGAUUUGGCUGAUCCAAAAUCUGAGGAGGCCUCGGAUUUCUUCAAUGCCAUGAAGGGAAUCAUGCAGUGGUCAGGUAUUGCUAAUGUUUCUGACAUAUUUCCAUUUCUUAGGAAGUUCGAUUUACAAAAUUUGAGGAAGAAGAUGGCGCGAGACAUGGGGAAGGCGAUUGAGAUCAUGACUAUGUUUCUGAAGGAACGGGAGGAAGAGGGAAAGAAGGGUGUAGAGAAGGGGAAAGAUUUCUUGGAUGUAUUGCUUGAAUUUGAGGGUACUGGAAAAGAUGAACCAGCUAAAUUAUCAGAACAUGCGAUCAAAGUAUUAAUAGUGGAAAUGUUUUUAGCUGGUUCAGAGACGACCAGCAGCAGCGCAGAAUGGGCACUAACAGAGCUCUUGCGCCGUCCAGAAGCAAUGGACAAAGUGAAAAUAGAGAUAUCAAAAGUAAUAGGACCAAACAGCAAGUUUGAAGAAAGUGACAUCGAAAAUCUUCCUUAUAUGCAAGCUGUAAUUAAGGAAUCACUUCGUUUACAUCCUUCUGUGCCUUUCUUGAUCCCAAGAGAGACAAUUCAAGACACCAAGUUCAUGGGGUACAACGUACCAAAAGGAACUCGAGUUCUGGUGAACACCUGGGCUAUUGGAAGAGAUCCUGAAUGUUGGGAUGACCCUAUGAGUUUCAAGCCUGAGAGGUUUCUUGGCUCAAAAAUAGACGUGAAGGGUCAGCAUUAUGAGCUAAUUCCAUUUGGUGCUGGACGGAGGAUGUGCGUUGGCUUGCCUUUAGGCCAUCGAAUGAUGCAUUUCGUUCUAGGGUCGUUGCUUCACGAAUUCGAAUGGGAGCUUCCUGACGGUGUCUCUCCUAAAUCUAUCAAUAUGGAUGAAAGCAUGGGUGCAACAGCCAGAAAACGCAACUCUUUGAAAGUAAUACCAAAAAAGGCUUGAGAACUCAUCAAUCUUAUCGAGCCAACAAGUAGUAUUUGCAAUGAGGACAUCUUAGUACCUCAGUUGGUUGUUCACACGACCUUUAACCUUGUUGGUGAAGGUUCAAUUCCCGACAUUGUUUUACCUACCCAUUCUAAAAAUAUAUAUUUGUAAUGCUAACUGGAGUUUCCCAGUACAAAAUUUAUAGUAUGUAUCGAGAUCUUUGUCAACAAGAUUGUAAUUUGGAGAAUUUCAUAUGUAUGAUUAAAGUAAUACUUAUUUAAAUCAAUUUUAGCUUGAGUAGUCUUUACGAAGUUACUUAUGGAUCAAACUUUAAUGUCUUUUUGAAGUCUCGCAUGCUUUUUUGAUGUUAGCUGUGCGGGCAAGUUAUGUUAAUGUUGGCACCUGGGCCUCUGGAACCACCCUCCAUCUGCAGCCAGCGGGUUCUGAGUAACCUCCGUCUCACAUUUAAGGAAGUGAUUAUCUAUGUUGAAAAAAUCCCUGUCGUCUAUACUAGGAUCUUUUUUUAAUUUUCUUCCAAUAAGAUAUAAAUUAUU